UUUACUGAAACAGUGGCUACUGCAACUGGCUAUCCAGAAUGUGCAAUUCCCAACUAGUGGUUAAAUUAUCUUAGCAGAGAGGAACAGUAUUGGCUAAUUUGCCGAAGAAUGGUAUAAUGACAACUUUGUUGAGUUUGUUGUAUGGUGCAAAAGUUACACAGAUACAGUAUUGUUAUCAUUUACUCCUACAAUCCAUGGCAUGUCAUGUUGUGUGCUGGGAAUUGGAGAGCAUGCAGUAACAGAGAUGAUGUAAUAGUUGAGAUCAGCAAUGAUGCAAGCCGAGCUUCAUCAAAGCUUUCUACACAAAGCCAAGCUAAGGAGCUUGAGGACCUUCGAGGCUUAUGCGUGAGGAUGGAGUAUUGGGAACGAUCUUUGGGGGCAUUUGAGGGAUUCAACCUACUUGAAGACAAAGAAGCUGACGUAGUUGAAAGAGAGAAGCAUGGGAUCGGAUAAGCGAUGGUCAAGGGUGGAAUAGAGAAGACGAUGGCUUUUAUGCAAAGAUGAUAUUCAUUAAAUAGAAGCCAUCAUCCACAACGAAGACCAAGGAAGACCUUUGUUUCAUUAAAGGUAUUUUUAUAAUAACUUUAGUCUUUUAGUGUUAGCCUAGCUUAGUAUAAAAGUAGGGAGAAUAACAUAUAUAUAUACAUAAGAAUAGGG